AUGGAAAACCACUACAUCUUUGCACGGGUCAGUCACGAGGACAUCCAUUCUCGGGGAAUGGAGCUGUUCGCAGUCCAGCUGGCGUUCCUGAUCGCGGCCGGCUUCUUCGUUCUCGCAAGAGCAUACGUCAAAGUGUGCAUAGUCAAGAGCGUAGCCGCCGACGACUGGCUCAUCUUUGGCGCGAUGCUCAUGUACACCGUCUACGGCGGCGUCGCCCUUCACGGAGUCACCCAAGGCGCCACCGGCAAACACAUCUCGGAGCUCACCCGCGAACAAGCCGCCACCUCCCUCAGGGCCUGGUACAUCUGCGAGGUGCUCUACUCCCCGAUCACGCUGGCCAUCAGGACGUCCAUCUGCCUCCUCCUGCUCCGCCUCGCCCUCAACAAGAUCCACCGAUGGGUCAUCUACGUCAACCUCGCCGUCGUCUUUGGCAUCUCCGUCGCCUUCUUCUUCAUCAUGAUGUUCCAGUGCAUGCCGCCGUCGUACUUCUGGAGACAACUGUACGGGGACGAGGGGAGGUGCAUCAACUACAAUAUCGUCCCGGACGCGACCAUCGCCCACAGCAUCAUCUCGGCGCUGUCUGACUGGUGCAUUGGGUUAUUACCGAUAGCCUUGUUGUGGAACGUCAACCUCAACCGCCGGACCAAGGCGUUGGUCGCCGUGCUUCUCAGCAUGGGCAUGGUCGCCGGCGUAGCUCUCAUGAUUCGCAUUCCCUACGUCAGACGCCUUGCCAUCUCGGCGGACUUUCUGUACGAGACAAUAGACGUCGCCAUCUGGAGCGUCAUGGAACCAGCGUUAGGAAUCAUCGCCGCCUCCGUGACCAGCAUGAGGCCCCUCUUCCAGGGCUGGGGCUUCGGCUGGAGCACCAACAGCAAAAACUCCCGUCCAUCAGGCCCGGCAUGGAUCGACUCGAACGGAAACCCGGGUGCCAAAGAGCCCCCCACGCCGAGGGCGACCAAGGGGGGCAUCGUCUCGGACAAGAGCACCUCCACCGGCCGCACGUACGACGACAUCGAGAGGGCGCUCUCGUCCGAGGGUUCCGACAUCGAGCUGAACAAGACCGUCCGCGAGGACAGGGGCAGCGACGAGCACGACUACCCCGAGUCGAGGCCGUCGUCGGACCUCGGGCAGAGGAGCCACAGCCACGUACGCGAGGGACAGGCGUCGCCGAGGCCUGUCAUCAACGUCCGCACGACCAUCGACAUCACGUCGCAUUCUAUAGAUCACAUCCUCCCGCCGACGAUUUGCGUGUCUGACAACAGCAGCGACGAUGAUGAGAGGACUGGGAAGAGGGAUAUGCCGUCUGAGAGGCUGGGACCGCACACCAGAAUGGAGAGAUAG